GCAGUUUACAGAAAUCAAUUCUACACCCUUCACUGGCCCCUGUGCUGAGGACCAUGUCCUCUGCUUCCUGGCUCAAGCUGUUGGUUAGCGCCAUAGUCCUGGUCCAGACACAGGCUAGAGGUCGAGUUCUCACCGCGCGCCGCCCCCAGGCUCGCACUCCAUGCGGUAUUUCUCCACCAUCGUGUCCCGGCCCGGCCUCGGGGAGCCCCGGUUCAUCUCCGUCGGCUACGUGGACGACACGCAGUUCGUGCGCUACGACAGCGACGCGGAGACUCCGAGGAUGGAGCCGCGGGCGCCGUGGAUGGCUCAGGAGGGGCCGGAGUAUUGGGAUAGGGAGACACGGAAAGCCAGAAACACGGGGAAGAACUUCAAAUUGAAUCUCCAGACCCUGCUUAGCUACUACAAUCAGAGUGACGACGAACCUCACACUCUGCAGUGGAUGUAUGGCUGUGACAUGGGUCCCGAUGGGCGCCUGCUCCGUGGGUACUGUCAGGAGGCCUACGAUGGCCGGGACUAUAUCUCCCUGAACGAGGACCUGAAAUCCUGGACCACAACUGACACGGCCUCUCAGAUCUCUAAGCGCAAGUCAGAGAUCGUGAACGAGGCCGACCACCAGAGAGCAUACCUGCAGGGCCCCUGCAUAGACUGGCUCCAUAAAUACCUGCAGCUGGGGAAAGCGACCCUGCUGCGCUCAGACCCCCCACAGGCACAUUUGACCCAUCAUCCUGGACCUAAUGGUGAUGUCACCCUGAGGUGCUGGGCCAUGGGCUUCUAUCCUGCUGACAUCACCCUGAGCUGGCAGAGGGAGGAGGAGGAACAGACUCAGGACAUGGAGCUGGUGGAGACCAGACCUUCUGGGGAUGGAACCUUCCAGAAGUGGGCAUCUCUGGUGGUGCCUUCUGGAGAGGAGCACAAAUACACAUGCCAUGUGUAUCAUGAGGGGCUGUCUGAGCCCCUCACUCUUAGAUGGGACCCUCCUCAGUCCACAGUCCCCAUCAUGGCAGUCAUUGCUGGUCUGGUUCUCCCUGGAACUGUGAUCAUUGUAGCUGUGGUUGCUGUUGUGAUGAAGAGGAGAAACACAGGUGGAAAAGGAGGCUAUGAUCAUGUUGUAGCUUUAGACAUCUGCCUCGCGGGACUCAGUAAGUGCUGACUCAGGAAACACCAGAUCUCUGGGGAUGAUGAAGAUCUGCAGAGACCAUCCCUACCUACCAGGACACUGACCCUGAGUUCCUUUCCAGGACCAAGCUUCCUAAUUCCAGUACUAACAGGAGAGACUCUAUUAAUAAAGCUUGCUUAAAGAUCAGAGCAAAGCAGCCAUGUUUGCCAGUCACAGAGGCCAGGCAGUGGUAGCACACACCUUUAAUCCCAGCAGCCACACUAGGUAGCCAUAGAGGCCAGGUGGGGGUGGUGCACGAUUUUAAUCCCAGCACUAGAGAGGGAUAUAAAAUAGGAGGAGACAGAUCUCAGCCCAGUCUCAGUCUGAAUCUGAGGACUCCUGGAGGCAGGAUCACCCACUUUUGGUCUGAGGUAGAAGCUAGAGCCAGUGACUGGCUGCUUUGCUUUUCUGAUCUUCAUCUUGA